UAAUCAUGAUAAUAAUAACUUUAAUUAACUCAACUGCUCGUUGUGUACUUAUUUCGGGGUGUAGCAUGAGUUUAAGCUACGCUGCGAGGCGUAGUCUUGUGGUGGGGUCGAGAAGAGCAAGCUCCACCAAAAUUUUCCAACGCUCCAACAUACAGUGUAGGAAUCACGACCAGCUUCUGCUGCUACCAACGGAGCAUAACCCGCCAAUAACUGCACAAUUAGCAUUUCAGAAACGCCUCGACAAAAGAAAAAAAUGCCUCUAGACACAUCGACAUAUUCGCUCGCCCUACUGCGGGUCGACGGCCGCCGCUGGAACGAGUUGCGCCGCCUGCACGGCCUCAUCCGGACACAAGACGCCGCCGACGGCUCGUCGUAUCUCGAAAUGGGCCAUACCAAAGUCAUGUGCGUCAUCACCGGCCCAUCAGAGCAGCAGCAACAACAGCAGAACCAGCAGACGCGGCGCGGUGGGCAAGCCAGCCAGCGUGACGGUGCCGUGGUCAAUGUCAACAUCAUUGUCGCUGGCUUCUCGAGCGUCGACCGCAAGAAGCGUGGCCGCAACGACAAGCGCCUACAGGAAAUGGAAAUCACCAUAGCCAAAGCCUUUGCGACAAACCUCCAUACACACUUGUUCCCGCACUCCCUCAUCACAAUCUCCCUUCACGUUCUGUCGCAGGACGGGUCGCUGCUCGCGGCCCUCAUCAACGCAACGACAUUAGCGCUAAUCGAUGCGGGUAUCCCCAUGGCGGACUAUAUCGCAGCGUGCACAGCAGGGUCGACAUCGUCGUUUGCGGCAGGAGAUGAUUCUGCGGACCCUUUACUCGACUUGAAUAACCAGGAGGAGCAAGAGCUGCCGUUUCUGACAGUCGCGACGCAGGGCGACUCAGACCGCGUAGCAGUGCUGGCGUGCGAGAGUAGGAUCCAGGUUUCGAGACUGGAGGGCAUGUUAGUUGUAGGCAUUGAUGGAUGCAGACAGGUGAAGAAGUUCUUGGAUGGUGUGGUGAAGAUGAAGGGUGCCAAGAUGAUUAGCGAGGGUGCCAUUCAGAAGAGUGAUACUAUGGUGAUGGAUUUGGAAGAGUAGAAAGACAUGGUGAUCAAUGUUGCAUAUAUAGCGGAGAACAGGCGUUUUAAAAGGUACAA